CGAGCCUUCGGAAUUCUCCUCCGUUAACCUGUUCGGCGCUCGUAAGACACGCAGGUUAAAGAUAGCAGUCGUGGGGGAGGGAGGCAGCUCUGUGUGGGCUUCAUGACAUCAAACUGCUAAGUGGUGUGGGCUUUUUCUCUCUCUGAGCUCCAAAAUCCGAGUGUCUGGCAUCAAGGAUAGUUGUGAGCACUGGCUCCGCUUUGCUGGUUACUCUGCGGAUUGUAUCUGUCUCCCCCCCCCCCCCCAUAUCAAUAUUUAAUGCCCUUCUCCUCAGAGCAGUGAGAUAAUGCAAUGAGGGCGGAAGCAGCGAGUGAGACGCACAUUGUCGCAGCCGACUGAGCCGGGAAGGAGCCGCCGGUACAUGCCGUUCCCCGAGCCCUCUGUAUAAUAAAGCAUGUCCUCCUCAGCCCACGGGGCCGCCAUCUCCGUCCUCGGAAGGGCAGUCGGGGAGGAGGACGCGGGAGGAUGAGGGGAGACAGCCGGCCGGAGCAGAGGAGGAGGAGGCGGAGGAAAAGAAGAAGAAGAGGGGUGCGAGAGAGAGAGGCAGGCGUAGAGGCCGGCGCGGAGGAUGAAGUGGGGAGUGAGGGGAGCCUGCGCCCUGCUCUCUAGCUGUCUCCUGCUCGCUUGUGCCCUGAGCGCGGCCGCCGUGGGCCUCAAGUGCUUCACUCUGGGUUCUGAACUGAGGGGGGAACCGUUCCGCCUGGGCACGGCCGCCGGCGCAUUCUACUCUGGGCUGCUGCUCUCCGCCGGCCUCUCCCUCUUGGGCUCCGCCCUUAUCUGCUGCCGGGAGGACGAGUCUGGGGAGAGCCGCGCGGGAAGCCAGAACUUUCUGCUCCUCGGGGUGCUGGUGUUCAUGCUGGGGGUGCUGAGCGCCUUCGCUGGGGCGGUGAUAGACGGGGACGCUGUGUCAUUGGUGGAGAGGAAGUACUCGCACUACUGCCUGCAGGAGGGGGUCGGCAGCCCCGCCACUAAGUGCCAGAAAUUAAAGGAUUACCAGCGGGGCUUGGUCAUCUCCACCAUUUUUAACUCCCUGGAGUGUCUGCUGGGGCUGCUCAACCUGCUGCUCGUCAAGAACUACAAGUCCGCUCAGCAGCGCAGGCGGCGCAGGAGGAGGAGAUGUGGCGGGAGGAGGCGCUUUCAGAGCCAGGGCUCCAUCUUGACCAACGACGAGCACGACUACUUACCCUUUCAGUCCGUCUCCUACAUCAACGUGGGGGUCUUUCAACUGUUUGACGAGGCCGGGGUUGAGGUGCAUUGUGGGGGACAUCCUUCCAUAGAGUUGCCUGGUUACUCCCCCAUGGACCCUGAUUUGAGCCCGUCCUACCCCUACUGCUACCCUCUGCCUAAUGAGCAGCCCCCUCCCUAUGAUGAGAUCUAUCCCACCACAGAAAUGUGCAGCAGCACCGCCACCACCACCACCACAUAACUACUGUGUGAGGAGCAGCCUGUGCACCCCCCAAUAACUUCUGUACAGGGGCCCAGCUCCCACUGCUCUAUGAUCUGCACUGACAAUCAAUGGAAAUGGGACAGGGACGUUGCAAUUGGUGACCAUUUACAUGAUGUAUUCCGAUAUAAGCGCAAAUAUUAUUGCACAAUGCUCCUGACCAAUGUAUGUGCUUGGGUUGAAAGGCCAAAUAUGCUGCAAGUUGCUUGUGUGUGAGUGACAGGUGUCUGAAAAAAUAUGCACUGUAAUCACUUUUUCAUUUGCCCGGGGGGAGUGCUCAAUGCUAGUAUAAGGCGCCUUCAUUUUCAACAAAUGUCCAAGCUGAUGCCUUUUUGCUGUUGUUUGCGCCACAACCGCUAGAUUGUUAAAGGAAGUCUGGGAGCGCUGGCAAUCACAACUAAACAACAGCUAGAAGGCUGCUACAUAGGACACCCUUACAGUAGAAUUAUGUUCCCAUGGACAAGAACCCAUACUCAUCCCCCCCACCCCAAGAAAAGCAGCCCGUUUUAAUUUCUGAUUUAUAUACACGGACCAUGGAUUAAUCAGUAAUUGUCCUCCUCUUCACAUUCAUUUUGUCGUGCCAGUGUAAAACGAAAUUUUGCUAUUUGUCACUAUUGCCAUGGUUACCGUAUCUAGCUGUAAAACGAUUAUGUCAGUUGAAAAAGGCUUUUUUAUUUUCUUCCACAUCUGAUGGAGAUUACUCAUCUUUAUCGAAUCUCCGAGAUGGUAUCGGUGAGGGCUUCUGAUACUGUCAAUCCUCCUAUCAUUCUUUUUUCUCUCUCCUGUUAAUAAAUCAUGAAAUAAUUGUUUUAUAGCUUAAGAAUGUAAGCAAGCUGACUGCCACAAAUGGGAUUUGAUGCAAGGAACGAGAACCGCACAAAGCUCCACGGGUACCAAACACAUGAGAGAUCUGGUUCCCUUAAACUCUAUUUUUUUCACAGUCCAUAUAGGACUUCUGAAGCAGUGUCAAGUGACAAGUAGCAUGCCCAUUGGGAAUCUGUAUAAUGGAUUCAGCCUCUUGGGGGGGGGGGCUUCAGUUUACAGCCUUGGGAAUUUUAUAUUGACACAAGAUUUUUGGUUUUAUCCUCUUUAUUUUAAGAUGUAAAAGCUGCACUUUUAAAUGAAAACCUAAUACUAUAUUACUUUUUUUUUUUUUUUUUUUACACUUGAGGUGCCUGCCUGGUAAAUACAUAUGGUAAGAGCUUCUACAUUAGGAUUCGGUGAGGUAUUUCACGAAGGAUUCGGGGAUUCGGCUGAAUCCCAAAAAGUGGAUUCCUUGCAUCUAUAUAUAUAUAUAUAUAU